CGGCCAUUUCGUUUUUGUCUUCACCCCAAUAAAGUUGAUAGACCUACAAGUAAGCAUUUUCGGUUGGAUUAUGUGGGAAAUAAAUGGUGUUUAAUUUAAUCAGCAUGCGCCAUACCACAGUCAGAGUUUUGAUAUAUGCUAAAAGCUAGCUAAAAGUGUAAAAAUCCAAGUGAUGGGUUGUAUCUUUCGUAAAAAUCAAUUGUCCCUUUGGGGGACACCACGUGUUCCAAAAUGGCGACUAUAUGUAGUAGGGUUAACACCUUUACUUUAUUUUGCGGUAGUCACUAUGAGACUUGCGGCUAAAGAUUAGAAUGGCGGACGAAGCUCCAGCCCGUAGUGGAUUCCGUGGCGGAUUUGGCUCUCGUGGUGGUCGUGGUGGACGCGGUCGUGGCCGUGGACGCUGGGCCCGUGGACGUGGAAAGGAGGACUCCAAGGAGUGGGUGCCAGUGACCAAGCUGGGACGCCUGGUGCGCGAGGGCAAGAUCAAGUCUUUGGAGGAGAUCUACCUGUACUCGCUUCCCAUCAAAGAGUUCGAGAUCAUCGACUUCUUCCUGGGAUCCUCGCUGAAGGAUGAGGUGCUGAAGAUCAUGCCCGUCCAGAAGCAGACCCGUGCUGGUCAGCGUACCCGUUUCAAGGCCUUCGUUGCCAUCGGCGACAACAAUGGCCACAUUGGUCUGGGCGUUAAGUGCAGCAAGGAAGUGGCCACCGCCAUCCGUGGUGCCAUCAUUCUGGCCAAGCUCUCCGUGGUGCCCGUGCGCCGUGGCUACUGGGGCAACAAGAUCGGCAAGCCCCACACCGUGCCCUGCAAGGUCACCGGCAAGUGCGGUUCCGUCUCCGUGCGCCUCAUCCCCGCUCCCCGUGGUACUGGCAUUGUCUCGGCCCCCGUGCCCAAGAAGCUGCUGACCAUGGCCGGUAUUGAGGAUUGCUACACCUCGGCCCGUGGCUCCACUGGAACCCUCGGCAACUUCGCCAAGGCUACAUAUGCCGCCAUCGCCAAGACGUACGCGUACUUGACCCCCGAUCUGUGGAAGGAGAUGCCUCUGGGCUCCACUCCUUACCAGGCAUACUCGGACUUCCUGUCCAAGCCCACUCCUCGUCUGCACGCCGAUGCCUAAGUGAACACUUUCGAGGCCAAUCAAUCCAGAGUUUUUGAAUAAAGUCAUAAACUUUUAAAUGU